GGCAGCACAGGCAGAAUGAGAGCCUAAGCUGCUCCAGGCUCUCGUAGAACACAUUACUCCUGAUGGUCCAAUAUACACAUGCACACACUUGAUUGAUGCUACAGAUUCUAAAAAAAUCUCCAAAUCGGAAUUCUAGACAUUCCUGAUCACUGAGAAGACUUGAGAAGAGCAUGUGAGAUCUGAUGCAAGUCCCAUUCCGUCUCUCUGUUCUCAGAUUUGACGGGUUUCUCUGGAAGAGAGGGCUGGAUACUUGGAUUACUUGUGGAAGGAAAAUAUUGAGGACACCGCAGAUGGAAAAGGAGACUUGAAUCCGAGUCCCAGUUACCGCUGACUAAGCAAAAGCCCCCCUACACCAUUCACCUGCUCACAGCUUGAAAGCUCCACUUACCACCAUCGCUGCCAUAUUUAACCUGUGAUGGAAACAGUGAAGGCGGAUUGUAUGCAAACAGCAGUUGAUGAUGCUGUAGUGGACGAGGAGGAAGCGCCAGACGCAAUGCCUAUGAGUAGUGCAACACAAGCAGGGCAAGAUGAAGCAGGCGCCAUGGCAAUUGGUGAUGAUCUUUUUGAGCAGCCAGAAGAAAUGGGUACCGCGGCCAUGCCAACUGGUGAUUCUGCAGAGAUGUCUAUUAGUGGCGCAAUAGUAACACAAAUGAAUGGUCCCUCGGAAAUGCCGUUUGAUGGCGCAACAAUGAUGCCAGUACUAAUUGAUUGUGUGACAGCAAUGCCAGUUGAUGGUGACAUGGAAUUGCUAAGCAAUAUUGCCACAGCAACACAAUCCACCACUGCCUUGACCAUGCCAGUUGAUGGUGCCAUACCAAUGCCAGUUGAAGGGGGCAUGAAAUUGCCAAGUAAUAGUACCACAGCAACACCAACCACAAGCACCUCAACCAUGGCAGCAGAAGGUGCAACAGCAAUGCCAGUUGAUUGUGACAUGGAAUUGCCAAGCAAUAGUGAAACAUCAACACCAACCACUGGUGCUAUGGCCAUACCAGCAGAAGGUGCGACAGCAAUGCCUGUUGAUUGUAACAUGGAAUUGCCAAACAAUAGUGCAACACCAACCACCGGUGCUACAGCCAUACCAGCAGAAGGUGCGACAGCGAUGCCUGUUGAUUGUAACAUGGAAUUGCCAAACAAUAGCGCAACAGCAACACCAACCACCGGUGCUACUGCCAUACCAGCAGAAGGUGCAACAGCAAUGCCUGUUGAUUGUAACAUGGAAUUGCCAAACAAUAGUGUAACAGCAACACCAACCACCGGUGCUACGGCUGCAGAAGGUGGGACAGCAAUGCCUGUUGAUUGUGACAUGGAAUUGCCAAACAAUAGUGCAACAGCAACACCAACCACCGGUGCUACUGCCAUACCAGCAGAAGGCGCAACAGCAAUGCCUGUUGAUGGUGACAUGGAAUUGGCAAGCAAUAUUGCUACAGCAACACCAACCACCGGUGCUACGGCCAUGCCAUCUGAAGGCGCCACAGGAAUUAUGUUCAGUAUUGGAAUUGACAUUGAACCCUCUGCCCCCAAUGUGGAUCUGUGCAAGAUCUGCGGGCAGCGUCACUUGCUAGACGAGAACCAUGAGUACAACUACAGCGACGAGGUGGAUGAUGAGCUUACAUGCCAUAUUUGCCUACAGCCUCUAAUCUGUCCACUGGAUACGCCAUGCGGACACACCUACUGCCAAGAAUGCCUGACCAACUUCCUAGUGGAGAGUGAUUUUUGCCCAGUGGACCGUGUGCCCGUCCUGCUGCAGAACUGCCGCAAAUCCAACGUGCUGGUGCACAAGCUGCUGGACAAGCUUAUUGUCAUUUGCCCAUUUCAGGAGCACUGUUCUGAGACCAUGCCAAGGGGAGAGCUGCAGGGGCAUCUCAUGAGUAGGUGUAAAGGAGCUUCACAUUAUGGCCUGUCGGCCGAGAGAAAGCGCCGCUCGCAGGAAGGAGAGUGUACCGACAGCACAUCCGAGCUGGCUCUGGCAACCCUGCCUGGAGAUGGCACCGCCUCCAGCGCCGUCGCCCUCCUAUCAGACGAGUCUGGCCUCGUCAACCCCGCCUACGAGCCUGGCAUGGAGGACAACAGCCAAUCAGGGAGCACCACCAGCCUGGCGGCACGUAGCAACUCCAAGAAGAGUGAGUUCCGUAACUUCGACCGCUCGUCCGUGAGGAGUCGCUCGUUCCGGCGUCUGAACAGGGCGUUCAGCGUGCUCAGGAGGACCAAGAGUGGCACAGCUGUGGUCCACGACAACUCGGAGGAACGAGACAACCUCAGAAAUGCCACCGUCCCACAAGAGGUUUUUGCUCUGCCGCAGCUCCAUCAUCUUAUCCCGGAUGGUGAAAUCACUACGGUUAAGAUCACACGGAGCGACCCCUGUGAGCCGUUGGCCAUCAGCAUCGUGGGGGGAAAUGAGACUCCGCUUGUGCGCAUCCUUAUCCAGGACAUCUACAGAGAAGGCGUCAUUGCCCGGGAUGGAAGACUGCUGCCUGGAGACAUGAUCCUCAAGGUGAACGGUAUCGACAUCACCAACGUCCCGCACUGCUACGCACUUGCAGCUCUCAAGCGUCCCUGCAUGCUGCUCAGGCUGACUGUGCUUCGUGAACAGCGUCAUCGCUACCGUGCACAUCACCACCACCACCACCAUCACGUUCCUCAGCCGGGCGAGGUGCCCUACCCAGGCUCUGGUGGCAGCGUGAGGGACGACAGUCUGCACGUGGUGCUGCUGAAGGGAGCACCUGAUGAGCAGCUGGGCAUCAAGCUCGUGCGCCGGCCCGAUGAGCAUGGCGUCUUCAUCUUCCAUUUGCUAGAAGGAGGUCUGGCGGCCCAGGAUGGGCGUCUGCGUAUCAACGACCGCGUGCUUGCUAUCAAUGGGCACGACCUGCGCUACGGUGCUCCUGAGCAUGCAGCUUUGCUCAUACAGGCGAGUGUGGAGCGAGUACACUUCAUCGUGUCGAGACAGACUCACGUGCCGCCUCCGGAUAUACUACAGGAGGCACCGUGGAACAUGGAGGGACCUCCUCCUUACUCUGCCGUGGACAUUGAGCAGUCACUGGUGGACUCGUGCCAAAAGCCGGGGUGUUAUGAGAAAACGGUGACCCUGCCUAAAGAGCCUACUGAAUCACUGGGCAUGACUGUGGCAGGAGGAAUGAACAGCCGCGGCUGGGACUUGCCCGUCUACGUCACCAAUAUCGACCCCAAUGGUGUGGUGGCCCGAGAAGGCUCCAUCUGCAAAGGUGACAUCCUGUUGAACGUGAAUGGCAUGGAGCUGACGGGUGUGACUCGAGGCGAGGCCGUGGCUAAUCUGAAGAACACCUCGUCCCCGGUGGUGCUGCGUGUGCUGGAGAUGAGACCACCUGACAUGAGCUCUGUGGACUGCCUGCCCCCUGCUGCGACCUCACCGUCCUCCCCUGGAGACAUCAAAAUGCCCCCGUCCAACGAUGAUUACUCACCCCUGUGGGUGUCCUGGCUUCAACUGCCCAGGCACCUGUACAGCUGUAAAGACAUUGUGUUGCGCAGGAGCACAUCGGGGAGUUUAGGCUUCAGCAUCGUAGGAGGUCAAGAGGAGCUCAACUGCAAUCAGUCCUUCUUCAUCCGCUCAAUCGUGGAGGGAACGCCAGCGUACAACGAUGGCAGAAUACGGUGUGGAGACAUCCUGCUGGAGGUGAAUGGAAAGAGCACCUGGGGAAUGACUCACACCGCUCUAGUGCGCCUGCUGAAGGAACUGAGGGGCCGCAUCACUCUUACCAUCGUCUCCUGGCCUGGAAGCCUGCUAUAGGCCCGUGUUGUACAGGGGAAAGGCCUUAUUUAAAAACAAACAAACAAAAAAAAAAAGACCCUAUGUUGGUGAUUGGAGCGUCACAUAGUCUCUGCCCGCAAUGAACGGGCUUUUAGACAUGGACUUCUUCCAAGGUAGGCAAGGCGUAUGAAAUGGACCGGCGCCGUAGAACGCAGGGCAAGGUACUGUACGGUGCUUUGGCCUCACCAAGGCGACAUGGACCUCAGACUCUGAAGGUGAGGCGUGCGUGACAGACACAUAAGGACUCGGCAAAGGUCUUGGUGAUACGAUUGCCAGGAUUGCAUUGGCUGCUGCCUUCGCUGACAUCAUCAUUUAGGGACAGGAAGCAAGCUCCUGCACGUGCUGCAUCUCUGAGGCCACAUACUGUACAUGAGGCAAUGACGAUACAAAAGAAGAAUCACGGUCACACGUUAUGAGGAUAUGAUCUGUGUCAAAGUGUAUAUAAAUACUCCUCUGUGGGCAAUGUGCAAACAAUUUUUCAGAAGUGUGUAACUGAUGUGUGGUGGAGGAGAAAGGACUUCUGGGAGAUUGGAGAGGCUGGGGUUGCCGACUCGGUUUAAGAAUGCGCGUUCAAGCAUUUGUUCCCGGGUAACAUAAGUGCAUUUGGGAUGGGACAGGAAAAAGAAUUAAUACUACAGCGACUGUUUGUUUCUUUGUUUGUUUACCUCUCUCUCUCUCUCUCUCUCUCUGUUCCUACUGUAUGGCCUUUUGGAUAUUGGCUUCGCUUCGUUCGUUCUGACAGUAAUGCAAUUUUUGCAUUCACUGCAGACAGUAGGGUUUUGUUUGUCUGUGUUGUUUUUGCUAUGAUUCAGAUGCUGUUGCAAAGAAAAUAUAUAUCUUUGAUGAGUAUUACUGUAUAUAUAAAAAAAAACAGAAAGAAAGAAUUUGUUAAUAAUACUGUAAUAACUCUCUUUUAAAAAUGAUACACAGGGUGGACCUUAAGUCUGGAUCCGUAGGCUUUGUUCCUGAUAUUGUUCUGUUUGUUUUAAAACUCACAAUCGCUGCACUGAAGGAGGAAAUCAUCUUCAGCAUGGAACAUCAUCACUACAGGAUUUGAACAUUUCCUCUAAAUUAUACCUUUAAGCACACAUUAGUGCCUAUGGAUCCAGACCUCGAGGCACCCUGUAUAUAUAUACACACAUCUAAAAUGUAAGGAGAGUUUGGCGGCCUUGCUGAUUCUGUGUUUUCAGAGACACGAGACAGAAAAGACGGCACGCACACCUAACUUCUGUCAUGUUUUCAUGUCUGCAGGUCAUCGUGAAAAGCCAUGUGGUCUAGUGUCUCAUGCUUGGGCUCGUGUAGCGUUCUGUAUCUUAUGAUACUUUU